AUGCUUGACCCGAACAACCCUAAGGGGCGGCCUCUGGCUGGUAUUCUGGAUAGUCUUCUUUACUCUAUCCUAACCCAGUCUCGUCCUCCUCUUCCUACCAAGACCCGAUUCACCCACAACAGACCAGACCGCAAGGUCAACAGACCACCACUGAGAGAUGAGCCAGCCACAAAAGGAGACAAUAAGUUGAGGCCUGACCACAGUGCACCCACAGCUGGUUACAAGUUCCCUUCACCCACCGAAGCUGUGCGCCCUAGUCGUCUCCCUAUCGCUGUUGCUGCCGUCGACCUCACCUACACUCUCCGUCUCUCUUCCCCUGACAGAACCGGCGCUCAGGCCAGCCCGUCCGAGGAAGAUGCGUCUGGCAAAUGCGAUGGUCUCCUUGUCUUUCUCAUCUUACUCCUUCUGGGAGGCUUCUUUAGUGGAUGCCUCCUUCUCAUGCAGGGUUCAGGAAGCUUCUUGAGGCGUACAGGUCGAAGAUAUGGGUGGAUAUGGGUCAAGAAAUCCGACAGUGUAGAUCUUGAGAAUGCGAUCUUUCGCUUGAAGGAUUAUCCAGGCGCGUUCGAAGAGCACCAUCUCGUCUUGCUCCGGGAGGUCUUGGAAGCUCAUGGAGAUUCUUCCUAUGUUGGAGCAGACGAAAAGGCUGCUGAAGAGGGCCGCCUGGAUUCAAUCGACCUGUCACCUCUCACUUACCCUUGGCCUGCUCGUAUGGCCCUUUAA